UGAUGAACUCAAACCCGGAAGUUGUGAAUGUUGUGCGUUUGGGUGACCCUCAGCUUCUUAUGACAGCGUUGAGGAAACAUGGGUGUGAAAAUAGAGAUAUUUCGGAUGAUGGUGUAUCUAUCAUUCCCGGUGGCGAUGUUUUGGGUUUCUAACCAGGCGGAGUAUUUUGAGGAGUACAUUGUGAAGAGAAAAAGAGAGAUUUUCCCUCCAGAUGAGAAAAUGCAGAGGAAAGAGCUGGAGGAGUUUAAGGAGCGCAUGAGACUUCGUAAGGAGCAAAAGAUGCUGAAACAGCUGGCCAUGGAGACACAAGAGUGAUGAGAGAUGGACAGAACAUCUCGGUUUCACAGAUCUGAGGGCCAGUGAGAGAGAAAGAGAGAGAGAGAGAGAGAGAGAUCCAGAUUAAACAUGUACAUUGAUUGUAUUUUGUGGAAAGACAGAGAAUUGUGUGCUUUUGUAAAAAUAACUGCACUCAUAAUACUGAAUCAGUGAAAAUUCCGGACGUUCAGAAGACAUUUUAAGAGUGUGUGUUAAUUCUGGGUAAAGGGUUAUUUAUUAUUUUUUUUAAAUAGAACAAUAUAUUGAUUUUUUUUCUUAUCGUAUUCAUUAAAAGUUUGUCAACGAAA